UUUUUUCCUGAUCUGACGAAAAUGCCCUCAUUUAUUCCUUACUUGCGAAUUGCGACGAUACUUCGAGAGAGGCGCGUUGUAGGAUAUAAAAGCUCUGGGAUCGCGAGGGGCAAGAAAAGUUGGGAGUGAAAUCGAGAGUGUACGGUGUCACAGAGAUCGGAGGUAUCAGAGGAACGAGGCAGCGGGAAGAGAAGGUAACGGAACGAGAAGACGACGGCGCAACCGGCGGCGAUGACAGAGACGAAAGAAACUAUGAGGAUUUGCGUCAAAACUCUGAAGGGCAGUACCUUCGACAUCCAAGUCAAGCCCCAAGACACGGUCGCUGAUGUCAAGAAGACCAUAGAAUCUGCACAAGGAGCAGACACUUAUCCUGCUGGAGAACUGAUGCUUAUCCACCAAGGGAAGGUUCUUAAGGAUGAAACGACAUUGGAUGAAAAUAAAGUUGCUGAAAAUAGCUUUGUUGUUGUCAUGAUAAAAAAGAAAAACUCUUCUGGCGAAGGUUCAGCUUCAACAGCAAAGGCACCUCAGACCAGUGCCCCAUCAUCAACAGCACCACAAGCUCCUGUAGCAGCACCGCCAGCUCCGGCUCCGGUUUCGGCUCCAGCUGCAGCUCCUUUGGUUGCUCCUGCGUCUGCAGCACCUGCUGCUCCUACAUCUUUAGUUGCUGCUACGUCUGACGCCAAUCCUUAUGGUCAAGCAGCAUCUACAUUGGUGGCUGGGACUAACUUGGAAGGAGCAGUCCAGCAAAUCCUUGAUAUGGGUGGAGGUACCUGGGACAGAGAAAUUGUUAUUCGGGCACUCCGUGCUGCUUUCAAUAAUCCAGAGAGAGCUGUUGAAUAUCUGUACUCUGGCAUUCCUGAGCAAGCUGAACCUGCAGCACCAGUACCACAAGCACCUGUGAGUGGACAACCUGCAAAUCCAGCUGCAGCAGCAGCAGGAGUUGCACAGGCUGCAGCCCCAGCUGCAGUUCCUGCUGCAGGACCCAAUGCGAAUCCUUUAGACCUUUUCCCUCAGGGCCUUCCCGCUGCUGGAUCAGGUGGGGCUGGUGGUGCUGGAACACUGGACUUCUUGAGGAACAGUCAGCAGUUCCAAGCCUUGCGAGCUAUGGUGCAGGCUAACCCACAGAUAUUGCAGCCCAUGCUUCAAGAAUUGGGGAAGCAAAAUCCUCAUCUAAUGAGACUGAUUCAAGACCAUCAGGCAGACUUCCUUCGCCUGAUCAAUGAACCAGUCGAGGGAGGAGAGGCGGGCAUAUUGGGGCAGCUUGCUGCUGCUAUGCCACAGUCGGUGACAGUUACUCCUGAAGAGCGUGAAGCACUAGGCCGCCUUGAAGCGAUGGGAUUUGAUCCACAAAUCGUGUUGGAGGUGUUCUUCGCCUGCAACAAGAACGAGGAACUGGCUGCCAACUAUCUUUUGGACCACAUGCAGGACUUUGAGGAAUGAUUUUAGGAAUUGGAAAAACGACAUCUUAUCAGCACCCUCCACCCUGUUCAAUGCCCCCGCUCCCUCAUAGAGAACAGUUUUCUUUCUUCUUCUCUUCAGGUUUUCUUGUCAGUCUCUUUUUCGCUCUUUUUCUCAGUUUCCUCUCGGAUUGAAUAUCAUCUUCGUAAAUGACAUUUCAGUAACAGUUUGGAAGCGCUAUUAUGUGAAGUUUCUUAAGACGGAAGAUGGACGAGAGACUGAACAUUUCUUCUCCAGGUUCUCUUUGUUUCUAGGAUUACUGAGCUGCUGAUAAUUUGAUAUAUAUCCUGUCUUCGAGUCUGACUACUAUUGUUUAGCUGGGAUGGUUGAUUUCCAUCGACGACACAGGCAUUACUAUUCGUUCUCCAUAAUCCCCUCGUAACAAGAAGCUUGAACUUAUGCCUCCCUAUAAUGGUAUUUGGCC